CAUACCUUCUACUAUCACAAACCAACUCUCUGUUUGCCUUUGGGAUAAAAUUUUUUGAGAGCCCCUUUCCGCUAGUCAAUCAGUGAGUACAUCUAAUGGGUUCAUUUUCAUCUAAUGAUGGAGCGAAGGAAGCAAUGCAGCGACUUCUUCAAGCUCAGGCCCACAUAUGGAAGCAUUGCUACAGCUAUGUCAGUUCGAUGUGCUUGAAAUGCGCCUUAGAACUUGGCAUACCUGAAGCAAUCCAUAGCCACAGUGGACCCAUGACUCUUAACCAGCUUGUGGAAGCGAUCCCAGUCCGCCCGGGGAAGGCCCAUUGCCUACACCGCGUUAUGCGUGUACUCGUCCACUCAGGCUUCUUCGAACUGCAGAUCAGAAAAAGAGGAGGAGCUCAUGAGGAUGAGGAGGUCUAUUCGCUUAACAACGAGUCCAAACUCCUCCUCAGAGACAAUCCCGUCAAUUUGGAUCCCUUCGUGCUGUUCACGCUUGAUCCCAUUACCCUGAAGCCGAUGGAUUGUUUGAGCACCUGGUUCCAAAAUGAUGAUCUUUGCACGGUAGAGACGGCUCAUGGAAUGAUAUCAUGGGAUAUUAUGGUCAGCAAUCCCAAGUUUGGGAGCCUAUUCAACAGUGCCAUGGCGAGCGAUUCUCGGUUGGUAGCAAGGGUGGUGACAGACAGCUGCAAGUGGGUGUUUGAAGGGUUGAAGUCCCUCGUGGAUGUUGGGGGCGGGACUGGGGAAACGGGCAAGGCGAUAGCAGACACUUUCCCAGAUAUGGAGUACACCGUGUUCGAUCUCCCACAUGUGGUGGCCGGUCUACAAGGGACUAGGAACUUGAAGUAUGUUGGAGGGGACAUGUUUAAUGAGAAAAUCCCAACCGCAGACGCAGUUCUCUUGAAGUGGAUAUUGCAUGAUUGGACCGACGAAGAGAGUGUACAAAUACUGAAGAAGUGCAAGGAAGCUAUACCAAGAAAAGAGGAGGGAGGGAAGUUGAUCAUCAUAGAGAUGGUGAUGGAUAACCCAGCAGUAGGAGAUGAGAAGACUAAGGAAACACAUCUCUUGGCCGACGUAUUCAUUAUGAACAUCAUGGGAUUAGAAAGAAACACAGAGGAAUGGGCCAAGCUCUUCGCUGAUGCCGGUUUUAGCAGUUACAAGAUAAGUCCUGUAUUGGGUUUACGAUCGGUCAUUGAAGUUUAUCCAUAAUUCCCCUAUCAUUUACUAUGAAAUGUGGACCUAGCUAGCCCCACGAGAAGAACUUGAUAAUAAAGCGAAAGUUGCCUUAAGAGUACUGUAACUUUCUUCUGUGACUAGAGAUGAGAUUUGAUGGCCGUCACUAUUUCCAAUGGGUGAUGUUUAUCAUGCACAAUACUCUCUGUACAUGUAAUUUAAAUUCAAGGUUAUUUUUUUGGAUAAAUGAUGUAAAUUCAAGGUUAUUCAAUUAUCAAAAUAUAAACUCAAGGUUAUUCGCGUGA